GCCGGCAGAUGCUUGCGACGGUGGGCAUAAGUUGGUUAUUUCUUUGUUCGUUGGUUUUAUUCUAUAAUAAUUUUAUUUUUCAAUAAAAAUAAUGAUAAACAUCUAUAUUUCGUAUUAUUAUUAUUGUCACGUCACAUCAAGAAUCAUGCAGCGAGGUAAACAUUUUUGUGAUUAUGGUGCUCUUCAUUCGCCAUUGAAAAUAUAGAAAAACAUGUCUUUUUUUAUUAACUUCUCUCAUGAAAUAAGUCCGUGUACCUGAGUGGAUAAAAUUGAAUGAUCAUAAAUCAAAUCACUAUGGACCGAUUGAUUAGCAUAAUGUGUAAACACUUUAAUAUGAUAAUUAUAAACGAGCAAAACAUAAUGAUUUUAUAUAAUCAUUAAAUAAUCAGUAAAUAAACUAUUGUACAAGGAGAAAAAAUAAAUAUUAUCAAAUGCUGUGCAGAAUAUAUGCAAUGCUUAUCUCUUUAUUAAGAUAAUCAACUCUUUUAUUUAAUAUCAUGGUUCAGCAACGAUUUCCAAGUUUUGAUGGUGGACGAAGUGGACGCCGUUUUGUAAUAACUCUCUCAGUUGGCACAAUCAUUGGCUUUUUAACAGCAUGCCUCCUUUUUUCUUCUACUGGAGAAGUAUCUAAUAUAUUUACACGAAUUCCUGGGAGUUCUGCUCUGAUAAGGGAUCCGCAUCAUUAUUCAGAACUCGAGCCAGAGAUAGGGCCUGAGAUAGAAGUGAAAUUUCAUAGUGAUAAUGAAGAUUUUCAUAAAGGAGAAGAUAAGGUAGCGCAAGUAUUAGCAAAGAAAGUUCGUGUUCUUUGUUGGAUUAUGACUGGCCCCAAAAAUCAUCAAAGCAAGGCUCGGCAUGUAAAAGCCACAUGGGGAAAACGCUGUAAUAUUCUUUUAUUCAUGAGUUCUGCAGAAGAUCUAAGUUUACCCACUGUAGUACUGCCAGUAAAAGAAGGCAGAGAUAAUCUGUGGGCUAAAACCAAAGAAGCAUUUAAAUAUGCUUAUGAAAAGUACAAAGAUCAAGUAGAUUGGUUCAUGAAGGCUGACGAUGAUACGUACGUUGUGGUUGAGAAUCUACGUUACAUGCUAUUGUCUUACAACCCAAAUAUGCCAUUGUAUUUUGGAUGUAGAUUCAAACCUUUUGUAAAGCAAGGAUAUAUGAGUGGAGGUGCUGGAUACGUAGUUAGCAAAGAAGGUCUUCGUAAAUUUGUAACUGAAGGUCUUCCUGACGAAACCAAGUGUCGUGCUGAUAAUGGUGGUGCAGAGGAUGUUGAAAUGGGAAAGUGUCUAGAAAAAAUUGGUGUUCGCGCGAUGGAUACUAGAGACUCGCAUGGUCGUGGAAGGUUCUUUCCAUUUGUGCCAGAGCAUCAUUUGAUACCUAAUCAUGUGGAUAAAAGUUUUUGGUAUUGGAAAUACAUCUAUUAUGACACCAAAGAUGGACUCGACUGCUGUUCUGAUAGUGCGAUAUCAUUUCAUUAUGUCUCGCCGAAUAUGAUGUAUGUUCUUGAAUAUUUAAUAUAUCAUUUAAGACCAUAUGGCAUUAACCAUGGCUUAGAGAAUCCUUUGCCAGAAAUGCCAUAUACAUUAACCGAAUACUAGUCUGUACUUUAUCAAAAUUAGAAUAUAUGAAAAAAAAAAAAAAAAAAAAAUAUAUAUAUAUAUAUAUAUAUAUAUAUAUAUUCCUAUAUGCAUUGCUAGUCUGUUCCAAGCAUCAAUUUGAACAAGUUGAUAGCAUGAAUAGUAUAGAACAUUAUAUAGAAUAUAAAAACAUGUGAUAAAUUAUACUUCGUCAUAUUAACACGUUUAUACGAAUGUAAUUUCAAUAUCAGGAAAUUGUGGUCCUAUUAAAAUUUACAGUUGUACAAGAUGCAAUGACGUGUUGUUCUUUAUAUUAAAUGAAUAAAAUUUAAAUAUAUUUCUUUUUAUUUUGAUUUGUUCUAUUCUGUUUUUAACAGCGAAUGUAAAUUGUUAAAUACGUGUACGUUGUUGCAUCAAGUAUAACCAUAUAAGCGAAGGCUGCAAACACAAUGAAUAAAAAUAGAGAUGAGGCCAUUAACCAAAUAAAAAAGGAAAUAUACUUUGUUGAAAGUAUUACUAGUAAGCAUGAUUUAGGAGACUAGAUUACUAGAUUAAUUAAGAGAUCUCAAUAAAGUAUCAUAAAAAUUUUCUAUAAAAGCACAACUUAAUAGAUUAGUGCCACAAUACACCAUUGCUGUGAAUGCUUGCUUGUUGCUAGUCUCAUUACUAUGCUUUACGUUCUAGUCUCAUUGUUAACCUCGUCACUAUCAAUUUUAUUAUGUUUGCUGCCUUGGACUAUGUCCAAUGUGCAAAUAAUCAAGGUGUACACAUAUAUCCACACAAUAUCAUGCUAAAAUAACAAAGUAAAUAUCAUAAAAUCAUUUUUUAUAUAUAAGAAUUGAAAAUUACUAUUUGCAUAUGUGCAGCUUAUGCUGGUGAUAGGAAAAUAAAAUAAAUUUAUUAUAGGCUUCAACUGAAUGAGGUCACUCUAAAUUAAAAAAAUAUUAUAAUUUUUGAUUUAUAAUUUUUGAUUGACAGGAAGAAUCGCAUGUACAGGAUACACACGUACAUUUUGGUUGUUUAUACAUUGAACAUAGUAUAAGAAUGAGGAUAGGUAUAUAUUGCAAGCAUAGCAGAAAUUUGCUAAUCCUUCAGUCCAAAAUUUUAUUCAAGUUGGUACACUCUUAGGGAUCGUGUUAAGCGUACCAUAUUGUUACAUAACAUGGUAACAUAUUGUAAUUAUUAUCUAAUGUAUGAACUGAAAGAUGUAUACCUAAUGUGAAUAUACAUGCCAUAAGAAAUAA